AUGUCUCCCAAAAGCGCUCAUGCUCCUUUGUCCGUCACCAUAGGGAACGAAAAAUUUCUUCCUGAAUCAUCUGUUUUCCCCGUUUCGACUCCCGAACGACUCAGAGAUGUCGUCUUCAUCGAUGAACACCACGUUCGUCCAGGCCUAACCAUGAAUCAGCAUGAGUUUGCGGCAGCGAAGGAAGCUGUACUCGAUCUACUCGGCUGGGGUGUACCUUCAGAGUAUCUUGUCGACUGUGGUCUCUCUCGACAACUUCUUUACUACGUCUUCACCGAGUUGAAUCUCCAUCUGCCUACCAACCUCGACCUCACAGGCAUCAUAUCGUAUCCUCCCCCGCAUGGGUUGGUCAUUGCUUCUCCAGUACCUCCUUCACAGCAGUCUUCUGAUUCAGGCGAAGCCUCGGACCUCCAUGGACGCAUCAAUGUACCCUCGCCACUCGUCUCCGGGACAGCAUCACCAACGACCUCAACGCCAUCUCCUCUGCCUCGUUUCAGUACCAAGUCUGAUUCUCUGCCGUUGGAGGAUGGAGAGGUCGCGGACAUCCCUGGACUCGCGUAUAGCUCGAUAUAUGCGCAUUCUUUGUCCUCGGGAACUGCGUCGAACUCUUGGGGCAGCUGUGUCGAGCCUCUGUCUGGUGAUUCCCAUCUAUCAACGCUGUCCGACUCCAGUCCUCCAGUCGAAUGCGGUAGCUCUAUAUCAAACUGCAAUUCUGCCGACAGCGCCGCGGUAUCUGCAUCGCGCAUCGACAAUGCUUUAUGCAGCCAGCAACGGACUCCUCGCCCUGUGGCUGCCGACUUCUUCGAACUAUACUCCCAAACGAUGUCUUCCACUGGCCACACACAAUACAAAACCCACACGAGGACGAAUACAGAUCACUGUGAACCUGCCCCUCUCAGGAGGCGCUUUAUGGUCGACACAAAUGUUCAUCGUGGGCAUGGAGAUCCCAUGGCAGAGAUGGGGAGCGAGAUGAAGAGUUGGAAGGUCAAAGGGCCAUCGGGGACUGUGACAGCACGCUAUUACAGCUCUGCGAUGUUUCUGCUGCUCGCUUUCUUCGGUCUCUGCUCCAUCGGGUGGCUCUCCUUCUUUCACCGAUUCAUCCAUAUAUACCAAACUCUCAACCUCAUCCACUCGUUCUACAUUCUCAGGUUGAGCAAUACCAUGGACAGCUAUCUUCCUCUACCAGGUCAUGGGGCCUCACGCCACGUUGGCACUGUCCUUGCCUCCUCGUAG